AUGGAUCUAAAAUUUGCUGAGAGCAAGGCAGAAGUGCCAACAAAUCUCAAUUCAUUGAAAUUUUCCACUCAGGUUGGACUCUAUACGCUAAAUGGAGAGUUCGCAUUCCCAAAAACCACUUUCAUCAUUCAUCCCCUUGAAUUUAGAACUGAUAUUUCGAAAGCAGGACCUGACAUCUCUGUACAUACGAAAUCAUAUUUCAUUGUAGCUGUACUGAAAAUUCUCCUAGUCGUCCAUCAAGCAACUACAUCGGCAUUCACCGAUAUCUACCAUAGUCGGAAGUAUCCAGUUCAAUUAUCAUCAUCAUCAUCUUCUUCAUCGCCACCUUACAAAACAAAUGACUCCUACUGGGAGUCUCGCAUCACAAAGGCUCUUCAUGAUCUCUGCCAGGCAUCGAUGGGUUAUCAACGCGUCGCUUCCAUUCGUCGUUUGCCAACUGCCAAUUCAGUUCAUCAGAGAAUUCGUGCCACGCCUUUUGAAGUGACUCUCUACUCAACUGGCCACUUAAGGACACUGUCAAGUUUGGAGGAGCUUAUCAAGCAUCGGUUGGAUGAGGGUUAUUUACCAGGUUUAGGUUCCCUUGAUCCUGAAGCCAGUUGUGUCAAACGUUUGGAAGGAAGUAUGCCUGGUAAGCCUAAAAUCUCAUACCAAUCCAUAAAUCCGGAACCGGACUUUUCACAAGACCUGGAUAUAGGAUCCGGGAAUAUCGAAGUAGCUCUAAACAUUCCAAUUUAUAACCUUACCUUUCGUCAUGCAGAUGUUGUGAAGAAUUUGGGGAGACCUCAUUUAUGUCUUAUUUCAGGUGAGGAAAGUAUUAGAGAUCCACCUCAACAGGAUUAUCCAGGAAGCAAUCGCCGACGUCCAAUUUCUGUUCGACAAACAGCUCAUGAUUUGGCAAUUCAAAAUAGUUGGAGGCAUCGAGAAAUUCUCAACCAACCUGGUGUUAUUGCUGCUAUCGUAGGAAGUACAAUUGCAGGUCUCUUACUAUUGAUUCUUCUGAUUCUCUUUUGCGUCUAUCGUCUGCGUAAGAAGGAUGAGGGGUCUUACUCCCUUGAGGAACCUCAAAAAGGCGCCACAACAUCCGGAGCGUAUGUACGAGCGCCGAGUAGAGAAUUUUACGCUUAG